UAUACUGUAACCCACUAAAAAUACAUAUACGUGUUGGCCUACGAUGUGUGAGGGAGAGGAAACAGACCUCUAAAGUAGAAGCAAUAGACAAGAGAGCUAUGGUAGGUAGGCUCAUAUGUAGGAGGACAGGAAGUGGAAAAACCCUGUAGAUGCAGAGGAGAUAGAGAGAAAGAGAGAGAGAGAGAGAGAGAGAGAGAGAGAGAGAGAGAGAAAUAUUCAGAACAUAUCGUCAGUGUCACCACUCAACUCACGUGUGUAAUCACAGGCGGUUUGCUCUAACUGAGUGACACGGGCAUGACCUGUCUUGAGAUCUCAUAAGACAUUGCAUCUUUGCCCUGAUGGACCCACUGUGGUCUGACCACAUCCUGCUGGUCCUCUGUCUCCUCUUCCUGGUCUGCAUCAAUGGCAAUGCUCAAGGCCCAUGUGAAAUUGAGGUGCCAAUCAAAAGAAACACUGUUUGGAAUGCUGUCCCUCAGAAACGGCUGACAAUCAACUGCCCUGUAAAACAUUGUGGGGAAACCUUACGUGUCACCUGGUGUAAAUUUGAGGACGCCAACUGCAAACAAAUCAAUGAGACAGAGCAAGUCAAAAUUGGAUGGAAACCAUUUGAUAGAGGGUCAGAAAAUCGUAUUGCAUUUUUGGAUUUUAAGAAGAUAUCUAGGAAUGACGAUGGUUCGUACAGAUGUGGAAUGGCUGGGAAAAAAUCAUCAAUUGUUAGCCAUGCUAUCAAUGUCUCUGUCUCAGAUAUCAACCUGACAAUGACUAGCACAGCAGACCACAACACAAACAACUCACCAAAUGCAAAGCAUGAUGAGAAAUAUCUGAGCUGGCUGCCGUAUGCUUACAUCUGUGUGGGAAUAGUACUGCUGGUGGUCGUGGUGACACCAAUCUCCUUCUUCUAUCUUUAUGGAUGUAAAGGACCAACAAGGUCAACAAAUAACGGCAUAAAGGAGCAGGCAGCACCAUGUCCAGACCUCUCCUCCUGCUCUAAGGGAACCUUUGCAUUAUCACCAUUCACACCAAACCCUGCCCACUCUGACAAUCUAUACAACAAUGGUCCCCAUGCCAAACACAUCAACAGGGCAUCGGCACACAGCCUCCUGAUGACAAACGGAACUCUGCCUUCCUCUGACAUCACAGCUGGAGGUCAAGGGUCAAACCACCUUGUGUACGCUAGCCUGAACCACCAGACCCCUAGAGGGUCCCCGAAACCCCCCCAUAUUCCAACCCCCCAUGACGAAUGCUCAGAGUAUGCAGCCAUCCGAGUCCACUGAGCCCAUAGGCUCUGAAAGAGACCUCAUCCAGACCAUAACGGCAGAGUGCUGCUGACUGUUUUACUGUUUAAGUUGUCUUCUUUGUUGGAUCUUCUCACUGAAAAAGAGGAAAGCUGAACAUAUUUUGUGGAUGAAAAUGUCACUCCUUGGGGGAUUCAUGUUUUUUUAUACAUAUAUAAAACUAACACACACUCUUCCUGGUGUCAUGGAAAUGUUGAGCAGUGUGUUAACCGCAGUGCAGCAGUAUUUCAGAGAAUAAAAUGUGAUUUAAAGAUGGGGGGGGAUCGUGGUGAGACAGGUGGGCAAGGGUUAGAGCUAGAGAAUAUGUGCUUCUGAGUGUGAACCUUCCUUCACGUCACACCUCAGAGUUAGAGGAGCAAAAUAACACCUGUUAGCAGUGUGUAUCACAAAGGUUAUCUCACACAUGAUGAUGAUAAACCAUCAUUUGUUAUUGACUAUCAAAAUAUAUAUUUUAAUGAAGAAACCACUGAGACACUUUGGUGAUUAUUAGUGAUGAUUUGGGGAUAUAACAGGGAAAAAUAACUCAUACCGAACAUUUUAUGUCCCUGUGUGUGACUAAGUGUGUGUGCCUGUGUCUAUAUGUCUGCAUAUGACUCACUCAGUAUGAGUGAGUGAAUGAGUGAGUGAGUGAGCGAGCGAGCAAGUGAGUGUUGGUGUAUAUUUUUGCACAGAUGCGCGUGUUUGUACGCAUGUGCUGGCUACAGGUUGGGGGCUUUCCAUGGUUUAUGUAAAAUGUUGAGCCCACCACAUAGCCGAAACAGUGAGUUGCUGUAAAUAGAUGUUCUCCCUCUUGAGAGUGUAUGGAAAUUCCAUUCAAAUGUUAUAUGAAUGUAAUAUGAAAGUGCAUAUGACUUUCUCUAUGGUCAUAGGAAGACAGAGGUAAUAGUUUGCAUAACUGUAAAAUGAUGUGGGCGUGGCAAGAUUGUAAUAGUGACACAUACAGUAACAAAUUCCAAUCUCAGUUAUUGUCAAUUAAUUUGAAACAUGUUCGUUUGAAGGCUACAUGUUUACUAUGCAACUACUCAAUUACAAUACAGUAUCCUUCAACAGAGAAUAGUGCCAGAGAAAUGUCCAUCAUUUUAUAAAGAAAUUGCGACAAAGACCAUUGUUACCACUUGAAGCAAGAGUGGCUAGUUUUUGAGAAUACAAAAUAAAGCUUGGGUCUAAUAUC